UCUGACGGCGACCACGAAGAAUCUACACCAGGUCAGAGUCUCGGAACGCCUCCAAUACGGAUCCCAGUAUCCUGUGAUUACUGUCUGUGUGACGGCUCGCGCGGGUCUGGAAUGGUCUCCAAGACGUCUGUCGGUCCGCGUUUCCUUUUUCUGCUCGCUACUAGCCUCCUCCAUCUUCCCUCUCACAUCCUCGUCUCCCGCGCAACGCGCACCCAGCCUUCCAACUCCGGCCACAUUCUUCCUCCGUCUGAGUGCGUCGUUGCUGACUUCUCUUUCCAGGUUGCUCGGUGCACGCCGCAGUACAGCGAGUUGAUCUCGACUCGUCGUUCGUCUGACGCGUCCACCAGCUCAGCCCGUGCUCGCCCUCCACGUCUCGUGUCAUCCAGCCCGCCCGCCCUGCUGGUGUCUCCGGUACGUACGUCGUGUCCUCAUCCUGACUUCGUGCGUGCUGAUGUACGCCACUCAACCCUCUCCAGCGCUGCUAGCUCAGGAGGCCAUUCUGCGGGUUGCAGAGCAGUCAACCAAGUCGCAUAUACCGAGCUGGAAAGCGUGGAACGCGUAUCGUAGGACACGCGUUCACGGACCCUGGCCGUACAGGAGCCCAUGGGUGCUAGACGCGACUGUGGUCCGUAUCGACGUGAGCGGCGCGUAGAGGCGGCGGUGAGACUGGGAGAGCGAGGAGCGAGAGAGGUGAGCGGCCCAUGGGCGAUAGAGGGAUUGUUAGGUGCAAUAUAAGUAGGAGUCGCGACGAGAUGCAGCUGGUGUACGAUCAGUCGGCGUUGAGCAUUCCAGACGCUUACCCAGCUAAUAC